CCGCCGCUCCAUCUGGAAUAGCAGCGCCGAAUAGACGACUUGUUCUCGUAGUCAUGGCGACCCAGACACCUCUGUCGGUUCUGCGGGAGUUCUGCCCGCUUUAUUACCUGCUCAAUGCCAUCCCAGCUAAGGUCCAGAAGGGGUUCCGGUCCGUUUUGGUCUACUUGACCGCUCUGGACAGCAGCACAGACUACAUCGCUGUGGGCAGUAGCAUUGGAAUGCUCUAUCUCUACUGCCGCAGACUGGGUCAGAUGAACAAGUAUAACCUGGAGGGGAAGUGUGAGGCCAUCACAGCUGUGAAGCUCCUGAGCUGUUUUGAUGACCUGGUUGCAGUAGGAACAGCAUCGGGCAGAGUGGCUCUCUUCCAGCUCGUGUCCCAACUUCCUGGCAGGAAUAAACAGCUGAGGCGUUUCGAUGUGGUUGGACUCCAUAAGAGCACAGUAACCGCUCUGGUGUGGAGUGCCAAUGGCAUGAAACUGUUUUCUGGAGAUGAUAAAGGCAGGGUGGUUUUCUCUUCUCUGGACCUUGACCAGGGAGUCUGUAAGCCAGUGGUGCUACUGGAGGAGCCCUGUGGAAUUGUACAAUUAGAUUACUGCCAGAAAGUCCUGUUGGUCUCAACCCAGCAGAGAUCCCUACUCUUCUCCACACAUGAACAAACCCUGCAGCAGUUGGGCACCAAGCCCAGGAAGAGCAGCGGUAGGUUUGGUGCCUGUUUCCUGCCUGCUCUGUGUAAGCAGAGUGACCUGCAGGUGUUAGCAGUGCGACCAAGACUGAGGCUGUGGAGAGCCAAUGUCACCGGACUAGUGGAGCAAACACGACUACUGAGACCUCUCUUUAACAAAGAGGUUCCUCAAUUUGAAUUGUUCCCUCGAUCCACUCCAGUAGGAGGGUACCGGCCUGCAGACAGACAGCUGGGUCUGCUCUCCUGUUUCCACAGAGACGGCUGGCUGCUCAGCUGGAAUGAAUACAGUGUCUAUGUGUUAGACUAUCUUAACGAGGUGAUAGUUGGAGCUCUGGAGAGUUGUGGAGACAUUGUGGCAGUAUCUUGUUGUGAGAAUGAGAUCUUCAUCCUCAAAGGAGACAGAGAUGUCAUCCGCAUCUCCAACUGUCCUGAAGGACUAGCAUCCAACCUGUCUGAAUUGGCAUUCCAUCUUUCCUCACCCUUGACCACACCUACAGUCCUCCUCCCACCAAGUGGAUCAGUAGAAACUGCUCAGCCAAUCAGAACCAUGGCCAUUGUUGAGCAGAAGGGAGGUGUGACAGUUGGAGAGGAGGAGGAGGAGGAGGAAGAAGAGGGUGUAGAGGAGGUAGAAGAGGCAGGAGAGGAGGAGGGCCAGGAGCAGACACGGGAGCAGUUCUGUCAGCGGCCCGGUGUUGCCACCAGUGGCUCCUAUAGUCGAAGCAGCUCUAUCACCUCUUGGGACAGCAUCCAUGAAACUGCCCCCAUGACUACUUCCUCUACUAACGAGAUGUCUGAGCUGUGCUCCAGACGCUACAGCAUCCCCUUAGGCCAGGAGGACUUACAGCAGGAACUGGUGGUCAAAGCCAUAAAAGUCAAGAAGAAGACCAAGAGGAGAAGGCAAGAUAGCUGCAGUGGAAACCGUCUUUGUGAGAGUAGUUGGUCUGAGUCCAUGUUCGUGUUUCAAGAUGGAGGCUGUAGUGAUGGAGGCAGUGGGACUCCACUAAGCGAUCAACCUUUCUCUGACCGAACCUCCCUCCUAUACAGCAGUCUGGACCUCCAGAGCACAGACUCUAUUGAACAGGAGCACAGCCAGAACCUGGGCCCCCAGGUUUCUCAGCAGAGGCUUCCAGACAGAGGCAGAGAGGAUGGAAGAAGAGAAAAGGAGGCUGAGCUGAGCUCCCCCCUAGCUCGUCUCUAUCUCCAGAGCCUGGAGUGCCAGAUGUCCCCAGUGGAGGGCUCUCUCCAGGGGGCAGAGUCUGCAGCAGUGCCCUCUACCCCAGAUGUAGAUUUGCUCUUGGAAUGCACCUUCUCCUACAUGCAGAAUGCUGAGGAACAAGUUGAUGAACAGGAGUACCAGCCAAUGGAGGAGCAAGAUGUUGAGUUCCUGAGUCCUCUCAUUGGCCCAGAGGAAGAGAAUGAGGAGGAAGUGCACCGCAGCAGUUUGGGUAACCAAAUGUUCUAUUCCACUGUGUCCUGUUUGGACAGACAGCCUUACAUAUCCAGUGAUGAGGAAGAAGACAUCUACGGCCAUGGAACGCCCUCUAUUGUCAGUGUAGGAGACUGCUUGAGUGUGUUGUCCCUCCAGACAGACAAACAGAUGGACCAUGAAAAAGCCAAGUACAAAGUAGACCAGCUGGCAGAGAGCUGGAUGGGCUACACAGGACCAGGCUGUGGCAUCCUAAGUCUACAGGUGACUGACAGGUACGUGUGGUGUCUGGACUUUAAAGGAGGGUUGUUCUGCAGUGCGCUGGCUGAAGGAGGCCUUAACUGGCAGCGAUUUGAAGAUGAUGUCCAUCAGGUGGCACUGUCACCCUCAGGCUGCCUGCUGUGGAAGGUGGAGCAGAAGAGCAUGACAGCCUAUGCCUGUGGAAAAGUCACUAUUAAAGGAAAACGUCACUGGUACAAAGCUCUGGAACAAACUUCCUUUGUUGCCCUGAGCGAUGACACCGCCUGGAUAAUUAGGACCAAUGGAGACCUGUACCUUCAGACUGGUCUAAGUGUUGAUCGUCCAUGUGCACGCUCAGUGAAGGUGGACUGCCCAUGUGCAUUCUCUCAGGUGUGUGCACGUGGAGGAGUGGUGUGGGCACUGAGUGAACAGAGAGCUGUCUUUUACAGAGAAGGACUUAGCAGCUUCUGCUGUGAAGGAGAUGCCUGGAAAUGUGACAAGAUCAGUGAAGCGCAGGGUUUGGAGCUGAUGUGCAUCGCCCUUGGAGACAAUGGGACUGCCUGGGCCCUGGAUACUAGUGGUAGUCUCUGGUUUCGAACUGGCAUCAUGGCCUCAACACCACAGGGACAGGAUGAUCACUGGUGGCAGAUCAGUAUAACAGACUACGUAGUGUUCGACCAGGGAAGUCUGUUCCAGACCCUCUUACAUGCGACCCACAGUGUUGCCACGGUGACCAGAGCGCCGGUGGAGCGGGUGGCAGAGUGUCUUCGUGUGGCCUUCCUCUCUAAGCACACUCAGUGUCAGCCCAGUCUGGUUAGCGCCAACGACUGUGGGGUCUGGAUCGCUUCUGGACGGAACCACCUGCACGUGGCGAAGGGCAGCCUUGUGGGAACCUUCUGGCAGAACGUAGUGCCCAGAGGAACCACCUCCACCACCAGAUGGACCUCCAUCACUACCUCAUCAGUACCUCACAGAGAAGGUACCUUCCUCUGGUUGGCUCAGAGUAGGAAGGAUCUGUUCUGCGUGUGGGAUCAGGACGGGGAGCUCCGCCCCUCCAGUGUUCCACUGCCACCAGAGGUGGAGCUGAGCCACUUGUCAGCAUGUGGAGAUGCUCUGUGGGGUCUGGACACCCACGGCUAUGUCCACAUCCGCCCUUUGUCCCCUACGUGUCCUACUGGUAUGCACUGGACCCCACUGGACCUCAGUCAGCUCGGUCCGGUGCGUCUGGUGAGCGUGUCAUGUGGCAGUCAGAACGUCUGGGCUGUGGACGGACAUGGUAUGGUCUACUUCCGGGUUGGGACCCAGCCAUUAAAUCCAAGCAUGAUGCUGCCUGCAUGGAUCUGCAUAGAACCACCUGUGCAGCCUGUAGGUGUCCAGUUGGUCAGUAUCCACACCAGUCCCAAUGAUAGGCUGCUGUGGGCAGUGGACAACAGAGGCAGUGUGUAUGUGAGGACAGGCCUCAGUGAAGAGAUGCCUGUUGGGACAGAAUGGGAGCAAGUUCCCGGUCUCUCUGCCAGCCAGCUGGUUCUGAGUGUUCGGACCGUUUGGGUCCGCUGUCCAAAUGGGGAGGUGGCCCGCCGCUAUGGAGUCAACCCCAGGAACCUGGCUGGGGACUACUGGAAGACGAUACCAGGGACUGUGCACUGGCUGACUGUAACCCCUGAGGAUGAAUUGUGGGCAGUGACCUUUUCUGGCGGUCUCUCUCACCGUCUCACAAAGACUCUUGCCCACAGUCCCGUUAAGCCCCUCCUCUCCACUUCCUCCCUCAGUGGAGAGGAUCUAGAGGACGAAUGGGAGGUCAUAUAAUCAGUGACAUCGUCACGUUGUCUCACCCAUUUCCUGUAGAAGCAGGAGGUGGGGUGGAGCCUUCACACCUGGAACCAGUGGUCCUUUAAUUAAUGUUCGUUUAGUGUGGAUAACAACCAGAAUCAUUUGUUGACCUUUGCUUAUGUAUGACAUCACUGUGACAUCACCGCUACCUACCUACCUUCCGGAUGGACCUGGAUGUCUUCAGUUAUCAGAGUGGGUGCUAGCUUCAUCCCAUCUUCUCAUAACUAAGCAUAGUGUUUGGCUUGCAGAUUAGUUGGCUUCCGGACAGGCUGACAGUCUAACCCUUCUUUGGAGAGGAAGAGGUUCUGAGGGGAAGCCUUAGAACUGUGUCGGUCUUUUCCUGUCUCUUCUUUGACAUCAUUGCUCCUCCCACUUGUACACAGGCUCUCUGUGGGAAAGGGAUACAGGAAGACAGGUGUAGGUGAGAAGGACAGUCUGCAGGAAGUGAGGUGAGGAGCUGCUGGUUCAUGGAGAAUGUAAAGAUACGAGGAAGAGGGCACUGAUGUGUUAAACCAGCUCUCAUAACUUCCUCCAAAAUCUACUUCUGUGACUGUGAAGAUGAGGAGCGUGUGGUGGGUGGGGGUGAUGAAAGAGAUGAUCCCACAUCAACAACAUGGCCGCCGGCUCCCUUACUCCCUUUUCAUCACAUCAUUCUGGGUCAAACAAGAUGGCUUCUCUGAAGAAGAUGAAGAUGAAGCCAGGUGAAAGAAAACGUGGAUUUACAUGCUAGUAAUGUUUUAUUUUGGAGCACUUUACUCACAGCCUGUUCUUAGCUAGAUAGCAGCAGAAUAUACAGUUGAGGGUACUACAUGUGCAUGUUGUGUGUGUGUGAGAGAGACAGAGACAGAGAGAGAGAGACUGACAGAGAGAGAGAGACACAGAGAGCGACAGAGACACAGAGACACAGAGAGAGAGACUGACAGAGAGAGAGACACACAGACACAGAGAGAGAGACUGACAGAGAGAGACAGAGACGCAGAGAGAAACACACAGAGAGACAGACAGACAGAGAGACAGACAGAGAGAGAGAGACAGGUGUUUUAUUUGCCAUGCUUGGUGAACUCAUAUAAGAGAUGUUGUAUUUAAGUGUUGCUGAGGACGGUUCCUCCCUGUCCAACUAAAGCAGCGAGGGAAUAUAACUAUUAUAAAUAUAACUAUUAUAAGUAUAACUGUAUUAUAAAUGUAACUAUUAUAACUGUAUUAUAAAUAUAACUAUUAUAAGUAUAACUGUAUCAUAAAUGUGCUCUAGAUGUACUAAGGGACUUGGUUUGUGUUUCUUAGUUUCC